AUGACGACUAACAAUGACAAUGUUGGCAAAUUUAUCGGAACAGCAUUUGUUGCAUAUAUUGGAACAAAUGCUGAUGAUCUUGUCAUUUUGAUGAAUUUUUUUACUGAAGCAACAAUUCAGAAAUCGAGUUUAAAAGUGCGUCACGUUUUUAUUGGACAAUAUCUGGGAUUUACUAUUCUUGUGGCAAUUAGUUUAAUUGGUUAUGGAGUAUCGUACGCACUACCCAUUCAAUUAUUGGGUUUUCUUGGAUUUUUACCGAUUAUUUUAGGAAUUAAAGGGUUUGUUUCACUGAUACUCGAAUUUUAUCGUAAAUCAACUGUACCUAUCACAGAUAUAGUACCAUCUCAUGAAAUACAAACCAUUGAAUUGGAAACAAUACGUCAAAGAACAGACAAUGGAGAAGUGAUUUCAGAAAUUAGUAUAAGAUCUCAAGAAAGUGUAGCUUCUGAAACGUCUGUUCCACCGAGUACGAAAAUCAAGAGUACUAUAGUUAAAUUUAUGGGUCAAUUUUUCAAUUUACAAACAUUGAAAAUUGCGAGUAUAACAUUAGCGAAUGGCAGUGAUAAUAUUGCUAUUUAUACACCCCUAUUUGCACAAGCAAGAAAAUGGCAAAUUGGUGUUUAUAUAGCCAUAUUUUUAGUAAUGGUACUUGUCUGGUUACUAUUUUGCUAUUACUUUAUCAAUUAUCGGCCAAUAUUGAAUUUAGCACAAAAAUAUGCACAUUAUGUAGUGCCAUUGGUAUUUAUUGGAUUAGGAGUUUAUAUUAUCGUUACAUCAAACUGUUUUCCAUGGUUAGUCAGAGCAAUUAAGACAAAAAACUUUAAAAAUGGCUAG